ACCGGCGAACGUCAAUGGUAGACAGCGCUCAGUUGUUGUCCAACCGUCGUCACGUCAAAUAAGAAUUGUCCACUCAACCUGCUGUGCUAAUCUAAAACAAAAGCUUCAUCAUGUCUAUACUAACGGGCAGCGCAAAUGCUGUGAAGUACACUCUAUUCGGAUUUAAUUUUAUCUUUUUGAUCACGGGUAUUAUCCUUAUAGCUGUUGGUGCUGGAGUUGGUGCCGUUUACACUGGCUAUGAACUCUUUUUGGCCGCCAAGUUCUUCUCGAUUCCAACAUUCCUCAUUGUGAUCGGUGCCUUCAUCAUUGUGAUCACUUUCUUUGGCUGCUGGGGCGCUCUCAAGGAGAACUACUGCCUUGUGCUCAGCUUCUCGAUCAUGCUGGCCAUCAUCUUCAUUUUGGAGCUGUCCGCUGGCAUCAGUGGCUAUGUGCUGCGCAAUGAUGCUGCCUCAUUGAUAAAGACAUCGCUGGAAAGCUCGCUGAAGGACUAUAAUUCGUUCAACCAGAACCCAACCACCGCCCUGUGGGACGAUGUUCAGCGCGAUUUCAACUGCUGCGGUGUGACAAACUACAUGGACUGGAAGACGCCCUUCGAGAACGGCUCGCUGCCGAUCUCAUGCUGCACCAUUCCCGUGGGAGCUGCCGGCACCUUCUCCUGCUUUAACAAUUUCACGAGUGAGGCUGAACGUCAUACCUAUGGUUGCCUGGGCGGAUUCUCCAGCUACAUUGCCUCGCACGCGGUCAGCCUGGGAGCAGCUGGUGUUGUCAUUGCCGUCCUUCAGUUCUUUGGUGUUAUCUUUGCCUGCUAUGUGGCACGUGAGAUCAAAAUCCGUAACGGCAUUACGGGCUUCAUCUAAAGGGAACUCAACUCAGAGAGUUGCGGAUCAGAUGCCCUUGACUGGGAAUUUAUAUUUAAGUCAAUAGUUUGAUCUUUUCCAUCAGCU